CCCGCACCUGCACACUGAACUCAAGGUCUCCGAAUGCCCAGGAAGAAGCGCUCUCGCGGUGGCAACCGAGACAACGAACAGAAUGAUGGCCACCGGCGCCUCCCGUCUCGCAUCCCGGAUUCACCUGGUUAUGUCACAUGGGGCGAGCGGCCCUUUGGUCGAACUCGGGGAGGGCCAGCAUCUGUUCCUACUGGUGUUUCUUCCGAGAUCGAUUUCUCUCUCCAAGACCAUGGUGGGAGCACAGAAUGUUCGCCGGUCUCAUCCGGACAGAGCUCUUUGUCUUUGUCUCCAACGAGAGCUACCUCCUCGACGAGAGGGCACCGACAAAGGCGGUCUGGUGGACAUAAUGAACUGGCAGUCGGCGAACCUACCUCAUCCGUAACACCAUCGAGUGAGAGAGGUGGCUCGUGGUCACCUAGCACUGUCGCAUCAUCUGCAGGACCAUCCGGCACCUCUCCGCUCCGCGAACGAUUCUCUCCGUCUCGCCUGGAGUACGCUCCCAAUGCUCCGCAAGGUUCCCCGACUCGUCCACAGCAUUCUUUCGCAGAUCAGCAAGCCGUCCCGUCGCACCACCACUCUCCCGCUGCUCGUCCUCAGCACCGUCACAGAUACCAACCCUACCCAGGGCCAGCUCCGACUCGACAGUCUGUGGUCGCCCCCCAACCUCGAGUCCCGCUGGCCAGUUCCUCAUCCAGCGUCCCGGGAGUAUCAGCGGUGGGCUUGUAUCCUGCGCCAGAGGUCAACGUGCCGCCUGCGUACGGCUACACGGAGCCCGUGACUGAUGAUGCGCAACAGUGGCCCCAGUCCGACCCUGCUUUCAACACAUACGGUUCAUUGCCUGCUCUGGACGCCAACCUUUCGCAUCUAAAUUAUUUUGCACCACCUACGGAGCAACACACGUCGCAUAUCUAUCAAAGUAUACCCCAGCAGAUACCCUUCCAUACGCAGCACGUACCCGACUCUUCCUCCCAAUACGCGCCUUUUCCUGCGCAAAGCUCCGCCAAUCCUUUCGGCUACUACGGUUCCGAGGCACAGAACAGGAAUACCGCAUAUGACAACGCUGCGAUGCAAUAUCCUCAGCACGCACAGAACGCGCCGUUUGUGUAUGGCUCCGCUGAACAGCCUCAGACAAGUUCAAUGCAGUAUCCGUCCUACCAGUGGACCACUGGUCCGCCCAACAGUGUGGCAUCCACGAGUCAAAUGGGACGAGCACAUGGCGCACCCCUCGCACACAUUCCCAUGUCCCGUUCCUGUCGCUCAGAUACUACCCUAAACCUCGAGCAGCCAUCGCAUCGUUUCCCGGACACGCGGAGAAGCCCUAGUACGCAUUCGGCAGCAGGUCAUGACCAUAGUCGGUGUUUCUUUCGCAGCAAAUAUGUAUCGUUGUGACCUGAUCUCUUUCCACAGGUCCAGUAUACCUGACGGACCCCUAUGCCUCGUUGCGUUCACGAGGCUCGCGCCAGCCGGAGGGCGUUCACAGCGCGCCUCCGUUUGCAGACCCAAGUGCGGGAUUUCCCAAUGCGACGGACUUUGCGCAGCCUCCUUUCUCUGAGUCCCGACGCAGCGUGUAACUAUCUAGCUUCCGGCUCGCUCUGUAUCACUGGUUGCCCUAGUUUCCAUCCCCUUGUGCGAAAUACGGACGCGCUCUUCUUACGCCUUACGGCGCAGAUUAGCCUGUGCACCCCUAUUACUGGAUUACUCCUGCAUCCUGCAUGGGUUACUUGAUCCCUUAACAUGUUAGGCACCAUGGUCACGGUGUUGCAAUCAUACCAGUACUUGCAGCGGUCCUCCAGGACCUCUGAGUCGUUCCACGGUUUGUCAGUAUACCCAAUUGUAACGGUG